AAGCUACAGGUCUGACCAAUGCUUUCUCAAAAGUCCAGCUGUAUUCACCAUCAACGGCCCAAAACCCAUCAUGCUAUUCUCGUAACAGCAGAAGUCAAUAAAUCAGACGGUCAGACUUUUCCAAUCCGUACUAGUGGUCAAAUGUCAGUGUCCGGUCAGCUUUCCUCGAACAGCUCCCAUAUAUGUGAUCCUGUCAUUACAUUCAUACUCUCAUCGUCAUUCCCACCACUCUCUGCGUCUCCCCACCCCAUGGUAGCUACUCUUUCCCUUUCUAAAUCUAGGGUUUCUGUAUGUGAUUUAUUGGCCGUUUUGAGCUGAGUGAAGUCGGUUUGUGAAGCAUUUUCAGCUUUUGUAGCUGAGGUUUGUGAAGCGUCUCGGAUGAGUUUGGCGGAUAAAGGUGCUUAGGUCUUUCGUGGUGUUUUGGGCAAUGGAGAACACCUGGCAGAUAAAAUGUAGCCCGGCAUGGCAGCCUUUGGGGACCCCUUCUGUGGCGUCGUCUUCGCAGAUUCCUCAGCAAGAGUCUCGAAAUCAGAUGGAGCCAAAUAUAGGUCACUUCUUUUAUCCGCAUGUUGCUCAGGAACCUAGAUCAGCUGCUUGGGGAUUGAUACAAGAAUCAUUUUGUCCCAACUCUUCAAACUUUACUCCUUAUGCAUCAGGGCCUUCUGAACUUGGGAGUUCAUGUCUGGCUUUAUUAUCUGGACCACCACCACUGUUGCAUUGUGAUUACCAGCAAUUUCCAAAUCCAAUACCAUUUCCCACGUCUAGUAAAUUUCUGAUUAAUGGUAGCAGUAUCAUGGUUGGUGGUGCUACAGGAAGUGGAGUUCGACAUGGACCUGCUGGGCCAUUGUCAGAAAAUUGGGGAAAUCAAAUCCUGAGAAAUGUGUCAGAUCUUUGUUCAGGGGUUUCUUCGAGGUCAGUGGUAAGUACAAACCAUUGUAACGCUUCUGUUUCCCAUGAUGACCUUCAAGCUGCAAAAUUAAAUCUUCAUAGUUCCGAUCUGGCUAAGGGAGUCAUCCACCACAUUGUUCCUGGCACUGAGAAGGUAAAUGAUUUUUCUUCUUCAAGGGGGGCGCUACGCGCUUGUGCAAGCCUCUCUAAUUUUGGAAAGGUCCAAGGCUCAAGUAUUCUGGCUUCACAAAGAGAAUCCUUGGAAUUGAGCUCUUCUGUUAGCCUGCCACCUGCUCUUACAAGGGGGUGCCCCCGUGUGUUCUGCUUGGGUACAAGCGGAGAUCUACUACUCAGUAAUACAGGACUUCUUGGCGUUGUUUGCUUUUGUCAUCAGUUGCACUUAUCUGUUGCAAAAUUUUGUGAGCAUUCUGGCUUAUUUGAUGUUAAUCCUGGAGAUGCUGUUCGUGUGGACAGCGGAGAGACCAUUGCUCAGUGGCGUAAGCUCUACUUCCAAAAGCUUGGGAUUAGGGUUCCUGAAGAUCACAGUGGAUGGAACUGGCCUGAAGGAUUCUCACCAACUGGUAAUUUGGUGAAAUAUAGUGGAUCUGCACCCAACACCUCCAAGAGUUCAGACUUGUUGCAAGUGUUUGGUUCAUCAGGAGGGUUAGUGAGGUCUGGGGAGCCUCGGAAUGAUGCUUUAUUUACACCAAUUUCAAGAAAAUUGAUGGAUGAUGUUUCACGUAAUGAACGCGAGGACAGUCAGGGUAGUAGUAGUAGCAAUUUUCUUUUCAAAGGUUUGUUUGGCGCUUCGCAAAGCAAUUUGCAUGCUGUUGCAAAUAGCCAGCUAACAGGGUGCCCUAUGUCUAGGUGUUCAACAAUCCCAGCAUUAGUUGGUCGAGGACAAGAUAAGGGCUGCCAUUCAAUUUCUGCUUGCUUUGAUUCUAUCUCCAAGACUGGAAAUCCUUUCGAUGCCCACAAACCUCUGCAGAAUUUAGGAACCUACAGAAAGGAUUUUGAUACUAGCAGAUUUAACGAUCCAAAGGAAGGUGUUGUUGCACGCAAUGGUGCUGUUCCAUCGAGCAUCGAGCUUAGGCUUGGGCAGCCAUAUCAGCAGGGUCAGACUUUGGGUAAUCCUGUUGUGCCAGUUAUGGGACCUCAGCAAUUUGACACACUUGGUGAUUCACGGAAAUUACACCUUCAGGAUCAGCUAAUUCAUGAGUCCAGUUCAAGAGCAUUGGAGGACUUCAGGCAAUAUCUUCAGCAUGCUACUGCCACUUCUAAUUCCAAUGCAAGAAUGAAGCAUAAGGAAUCAAAUUUCCCAAACCAUGCAUUUGAAGUUAGUAAUGCUCUCGAUCCUACAAAACUAGUACAAGGCAAUGUGGCUAAGAGUUCAGUAAUUUCAAUGCUACUUUCUCAUGGUCACACCCCAUUCAUUGGGAAUGUGCACUCUAAAAUGGCUAACAAUACAGUCAGUGGCAGUGAUCAGUUCAUGUCUAGAGCACUGCACUGUGAAUCUCAUAUUACUAAGAGUGAUUCAGUAAAUUUUUCAUGGAACAGAGGUGAUGGAAUGGAAAGGCAGUUGAACAUUAAUGAUCCAUUUUUUAACAAUUAUUACAAUAAUAUGGAGAAGUCCAGAGGGGUGGGAUGUGCUCCUGAUGGCUCUUGCGUCCGAACGGAACCAAGUUUUCAAUUUCCUAAGCAGAUGAAAAAUUCUAGUUCAUUUGCUGCAGCUGGAAAAAAUGGCAAUCCAACUACUGCCACUGCACAUGAUAAUAACUGUUGUUCACUUCAGUUGUCUGGCAUACCAUCAGAUGCAUCUCAUUUGGGCAGGUCUUUCAGUGAUUCUGGGAAGGUUUCUUGUGCUGGAGACACUAGACAUCUUGAUCAUCUUUUGCUUCAAUCUGCUAGUUCACCCAUGGGUUUUGGGCAAAUUUUACCCUCACUGGCAGUGGGUUUUUCCUCAGCAUCUUCAGUAUCUGUUCCAAAUAUGACUGUGGCUUUGCCUGACAAAGAAUGGAUUGGCAUAAGCUCAUGUAUGCAGGACGAGAAUUUGAAGUUGCUUGCAUUGAGGCAUUUCUUGGAGUUAUCUAAGAGAGAGCAUGCUGUUGCUUGCAUUGGAAUCAAUCAGGAACGAAGGAAGUUUGAUAGCUCCUCUAAUGUGGGAAUACAGGGUUCUGCUGUUGAUUUAUCAGCACCUGAGGAGAAAAAGCGUGGUUCUAAUCGUACCAAUAAUCAUGAUUCUUCUGAAUCUGCCAUGAAAUCUCUCCAUUCUGGUGCUAAUUGUCUAAUGAGCGGGGACAUUGAAAAAUUGGCUCCUUUAGCAGCUCUGAACAACUUGUAUGAUUUGUCUACUUCUAUACCUGGAGCCUCGUUGCAUGCUAAAGAAUUUGACAUGCAGUGUCAACAUUCUCAUGAUUCUCUUCCAAAUGAGCACCCUUCACUGAGAGUUGGUGGAAGUGGAAAUGUCACUUCAUCAAGUGAGAAAGAAAAGUGCUGUCAGAGACUGUCGUAUGCAUGUAUCCAGGGCAAGUGCAGCUGUACUGUCCAUGCAAAUUGUUUAGCAGUGGAUUGUGAACUUAAAGGCAAAACCUCUCUUAAUGCUUUUGAGGAACACAUCAGUAAUGUCAACAGCAAGCCCUGUAUGUCAGCUUCAAAAUGUGAGAAAGAUCUUAUCUCAUUGAAGAAAAACACUACUGCCUUAGAUUUGAGUGGUAAAUUGAAGAUUCAAAUCCCAAAGAAAGUUGAUUCUCAUACAUCUGAGUGGAGAGAUGUGCCAAGCAAGGUGCUCAGUGUAUGUAAUUUGACAAGUAUUGAUUGUCUGGCUGAUGCUCUAAGUGGGAAAGGAACAGGUGCUGAUCCACCUGCAGAUAUGCAGGAAGCUGAUUUCCUGAUGGAGCAAGAUAUGUCUAAUAUUUCUUCUGGAUGUUCUGCCCCAGCAGUUACACAGGCAUCAGUUGAGCUUAACAAUGUGGAUUCUUGUAUUGUUGAUGCAGGGGAUAUUAGAUAUGAAAACGAUGGUAUAGUUGAUGAAGGAUCGGGAAUUCAUAAAUGUUUGUCAUCUGAUGAUGCACUCGACAGUGGAAGAACUUCUGAAUCUGAUGGUGUUAGUGAUUCGAAAAUGACCAACUUAGAAAAUGAAGGAUCAUCUGAAGCAAGAGCUGAUAAAUUUUGUAGUCUUUUAGAUGAACUUAAGCUCAGAGAUUCAUUCCGAAUGAGGAAGGUAGGGACUCAAAUCCAUACUGGGGUUGGUGUCCAUGAAAUAAUCAAUCAUGCAAAAAAUGUUGAGAGAGGCUUAAAAACUGGGAAGAGAAAGGGAACAGUUAAAUGGAAGAUGCUGCCUGCACCAUUCCCUGCAAAUUUUUUUCCAGCGCAUUUUGAAUCUGCCAAAUGUACUGGUACUGAGGAGUGGUGCCAUCAUUCAUCCAAAAAUAUACAGGUUCAUCUUCAAUCUCACCUAGGAAUAGCGAAUGCAUGUUCUCCUGGACCUAGCUGCAAGCGAAGAAGAUCUGCACUAUCUUCUGUCAAAACUCCAUUGCGUAAAAGAGAUCUAUGCUGGCUAUACGCUCAUGGUGAGGGGCAAGAUGAAUUUCCAGCCAAAAAACUGAAAGGCAAUGCUGGUUUCCUUGAAAUCCCUGAAGGUACAUGCGGAAAGAAGUCCAAGUCUGGUUGGACUGCCAAUUCUAUUAUGCAAUUACGAUCACACAAACCAAGUUGUGCAGAUGCUGGAAAAAAUUCCAAGGGCAAUGCAAUAAGCUGCAUAAAUGCCCAAUCUAAUAGGGCUGGUACUGUCUGUAAUAGGAAGGCAAGACCAGUAGUUUGCGGGAAAUUUGGUGUUAUUUCCAAUGCAGAAGCCACUUUAAAUAUGUCGAAGUUGCCCAAAAUUGUUUCUCUUGACAAGAUUCUUAAAGCUGCCAGGACGUGUACACUCCCUGAGGUUGAAGAACCUAGAAUAACAUCUAUCAAGGAGUUAAAAAUUACAGGCUUUGGAGGAGGUGAUGGAUUUUCUAAUUGGAAGAAACAGAGAAACAGUGAAUCUAAUAACAAUAUGGGGGGUAAUGAAGUUGAUGCUGGUACUCACAUGGAUGCAAGAGAGAAGGCAUGUUCCAGUGGAGUGAAACGAAGUGUUGAUGAAGUGUCUAUGUUGGACAAAGAUGGAGAUGAUGGAAGAACUACGGAUAAUAGUAUUCUGGAUGGUCAUUUUAGUGCACAAGUGGAACUAAAGGGUAAAGAAAUUCGCAAACGGAGCAUUUAUGAGCUAUUGAUAAAAGGUAAGAAUUCCAGUUCUGAAAAAUUAUCUUUGAAGAUUUCAAAAUGUGCACUGCAAACAAAAUGCAGAUCCAUGGGAAGAUUUUUAAAGAAUUCUGGUGAUGGACAUUAUAUCAGUGAAUUAAGCAAAUUUAAUGAAGUUAAUGCAAACAAAUCUAUCAAGGAGGAUGGGUGUGAGUCCUUUAUUUUGGAUUCAGAUGCAUUCUGUUGCGUUUGUGGAAGCUCAGACAAAGAUGAAAUCAACUGCUUACUAGAGUGCAAUCGAUGCUUAAUAAGGGUACAUCAGGCCUGCUAUGGUGUUUCCAGAGUACCAAAAUAUCGCUGGUAUUGCAGGCCAUGCAAGACAAAUUCUAAAGAUAUAGUUUGUGUUCUCUGCGGUUAUGGAGGUGGGGCCAUGACUCAGGCAUUACGAAGUCAAAAUUUUGUGAAAAGCCUCUUGAAGGCCUGGAAAAUUUUUCCUGAAUCCCAUCUUAAAAACACAUCUACUUCUGAAGUUUGGAAGGAUAAUUUUAGCAUGAUGAAUUUCUCAAGAUCUGGGCUUGAAGAUUCCGUUCCUGUUUUGAAACCUCUAAAUGUCGAGCUUUCUUCUAUAGCUAUGUGGCAAAUGGUGCAGAGCAGCAAAUUGUAUAUUGUGAAGAAUUCACCUUGUUCUCAAAGCAAUAUAAAGGUGCAUAAUAGCGUAACGGCUGGAUUACUUGAUUCAACUGUCAAGCAGUGGGUUCAUAUGGUGUGCGGACUUUGGACACCAGGGACCCGAUGCCCAAAUGUUGACACCAUGAAUGCUUUUGAUGUCUCUGGUGCUUUAUGUCCCAGAGUAAAUGUGGUUUGUUCAAUCUGUAACCGACCUGGUGGUUCAUGUAUACAGUGCAGGGUUUUGAACUGCUCUGUUCGAUUUCAUCCUUGGUGUGCACACCAGCAGGGCCUGCUGCAAAGUGAGGUUGAAGGUGUUGAUAAUGAAAGUGUUGGUUUUUAUGGAAGAUGCAUGGUUCAUGCAAAAUACCCUCUGUGUGAAUCUUAUGGCAAUCCCACUAACAUGAAAUUGGGCUGUCCAGUAGGAAAGGAGUCAACCUGUGCUCGGACAGAGGGGUACAAAGGCCGCAAACAGGAAGGUUUUCAACACAAUCUUUAUGGUCAAUCAAAUGGCAAUGGUGGGUACCUUGUUCCUCAGGAGCAAAUAAAUGCAUGGCUUCAUAUUAAUGGGCCAAAGUCAUGCACAAAAGGGCUUCCAAAGCUGCCACUUUCAGAUAUUGAGUGUGAUUGUCGGAAAGAGUAUGCUCGCUACAAACAAACAAGGGGUUGGAAGAACUUGGUAGUCUAUAAAUCUGGCAUACAUGCUCUUGGUCUUUACACAUGUCAGUUCAUUUCCCGUGGUGCAAUGGUCGUUGAAUAUAUUGGUGAGAUAGUGGGCCUCCGUGUGGCUGAUAAAAGAGAAAGUGAGUAUCAGUCUGGAAAAAGACUUCAAUACAAGAGUGCUUGUUACUUCUUCAGGAUAGAUAAAGAACAUAUUAUUGAUGCUACCCGCAAAGGUGGAAUUGCACGUUUUGUCAAUCAUUCAUGCCUGCCAAACUGCGUUGCAAAAGUCAUCUCUGUGAGAAAUGAAAAGAAGGUUGUCUUUUUUGCAGAAAGAGAUAUAUACCCUGGGGAAGAGAUAACAUAUGAUUACCACUUCAACCAUGAGGAUGAAGGUAAAAAGAUCCCCUGCUUUUGCAACUCUAAAAAUUGCAGGCGAUACAUGAAUUGAUAAUAUACCUUUUCCUUGAUUGAAACUUGUUUUCUUUAAAAUUUUUUUGUGAUUAUCAACCCAUAUGGGUUUGUCAUUUUUCCGCUAUUGCUGAUGUUAAUAUGAUCAAGAAAUUUUGUUGCACCCUGUAAUUGUGGUUUCAUCGAGGCAUGCAUUUGAACAAAAGUUCCUUUGUACUUUGGGAAGCAUCCUUGUAAGAGGAACUUGAGGGCAGUCCCAAUAUUAGAGAAUGUUGACCUAGAGCAGAACAAUAGAUAAGGAUCCACAGAAUUGAAUGCACCUUGAGGGAAGCAAGGCGGCUGCUUCAUUUUUUGUAGUCAUCGUGCCUUGAUGCAUCCUUGAUAAUCCAAAAAAGUUCCCUCAACUUCGAUGCAGUAUCUGCACAAACAUGUGCAUACAUGCCCUUUGGUUUCAUCGACGUAAUCACUCUCGCAGUUUCACUCAACCCCUCGUGGUGUAUUCUAUUUCUUGUUCUUCAGUUUUCAUAUGCAAAAAUAAAUUCUUAACAUUUUCUUGUAAUUAUGUCUUGUUUCCAAGCUAUUGGUAAUGAAGUGCUUUUGUUGCAAAAAGAAUUCUGCCUUUGUAUAUAUAAACUCAUGAUACCUCAGCCUGGCUUGUUAUA